AUGGCAUCCCUCGAGCCAUGUCACUCGGAGGCCUCCAACAUUUCCGUGACAUCAAAAAAUAAUCGCACGAUCAAGGAAGAAGAGGACGAGGAGGAUGAAUCCAGCAUGAAACACGAGACCAUGUCGCGUGUCGUGCUAGAUCUCGGGCCGGCCAACAACGAGGCGAGGGAUAAAGGAAACCCUAAAAAUUCAAAGCUCCACGAGCUUAAUCUUUUCAACCCUAGCGACGGCCCUAAACCAUCAAAGUCGAAAACUUUCACCUGCAGUUUUUGCUGGAGGGAGUUUUCGACUUCUCAAGCACUGGGAGGCCACCAAAACGCGCACAAACAAGAGAGGGCACUGGCCAAACACCGCCACAACAUGGUUGAUGCGGGCCCCGACGCUCACCCGCCGAUGCAAGGCUACUCCUACUACCCCUUCUCAACACACAUGCCUAUCUUUAGGUCACAUGGGUUUAGGGCACAAUCUAAUAUGAUUCACCCUAAACCCUACCCCUACCAUCACACGCCGCCGCUGUUGCCGUCGCAGUACGCCUAUUCCGUACCUCGGGAGAAGAUGCCCCGGCCCUACCUAAUUGACCCAUCACCAUCAACACCAGAUUUUGCUUUGAAGUUGGAAAAUUUUCCGUCACGUGAUUAUAAGUUUAAUUUUGGAGUUAUUAACCCUAAUUCUUCUACUAGGACCAAUGAAGGUGAUGAUAAUAGGCUCAGAUUGGGAAAUGUUGAUGAUGGGAAGGAUGAUUUAGGACUUGAUUUGGAUCUUAAGCUUUAA